AUGGAUCAAUUGUAUAUUGAAAUAGAGAUAAACACACGCAAUGAUAAUACAGAAAUCUACAGCAGUAUUCAGUCAUUCAUGGCAUUAUAUAUGUACAAAUAUCUACAAUCACCUUCAAACAUUAAAUUAAAUUUCGUACGCACCACUAUCCAGGGGGGCAAACUGCGCCUCCGUUCAGAAUCGUUGAGACGUGAGCUAACCGAGGAAAAGAUACAUUGCAAAGAGGCGACAAGCGUUGAGGCUAUAAGCGACCUUAAAUUACCUAUUUAUGCAAAAGAUGAAAAUACCUUCAUAGCAGGCAUGUGUGCUGUUUGCAGGGAACUGGUUUCACGACAGGAAUGUCCAGAGCGCCGUAAAUUACUGGGCUUCAAAGGUGCCUGCUUGUUAGCCCCAGCGGAGGCAUCCAUUUGGACACGGUUUUGCGAAGUAGAUGUCGUCGAUGCAAUCAGCCGGUUGUUGUGUACAUUGGAAUCCGGCGACGCCUUGGAUGAGAUACCAAAGGUAGUACCACGUUUUGAACGACACAUGAACGAACCAGUGCGCAUGCAUAACAUAUACAAAACUGCACGUGAACAAGCGCAGCAACAAAACAAGGUAGCAGGCGACAAAAAAAAGGGAAAAGUUAUAUUCGAUUGUAGCAUACCUAAGGAGCAAUUGCCUAUUGAGCACCGUUUUGCAGAAGGAAUCGCCUUUACUAUAGCCGAUAUAUUGUUAUACACAUUCAUGCGUUUAAUAUUUAGGAAUUGUGAUGAUAUGUUGGUGCAUUUUCCACUUAUCAAUACGUGGCUGAGUGAGAUUGACACUUUUGAUCGCACCUGUGGACAAAUAUUAAAUGAAUUGUACCUGCAUCAAUCAGCUAAUCAAUCAAUUCCGUUACUUAAAAUUCCCGAUUGCGAAGCUGCCAGUCUAUACAAGAGCGAUCCUAAGCGAUAUAAGCCGCGCAAUCGAAUUUUUACCGAUCAAAGUGAAGUCGAUGCAGCUCUGAAUAAAUUAGAAAUGUUGCAACUGAAGUUUAACAGUGAGUCGGCAACGACAUUUGAGGAGAAACAUAUUGAUUGGGAUGCUCUAGAACCAGAACAUGAAAAGAGUUCGGCGUUACCCCGAGAACGUAUUAUACGGAAACGCCAACAACUACAAAAUGUUGCUAACGCGGUCAUAUCAUUAACAAACCCAAACGAGAGAAUCGUUGAUUUCUGCAGUGGGACAGGUCAUUUGGGCAUAUUGCUGGCAUUGCAAUUACCUAAGUGCACCAUAAUAUUGAUGGAAAAUAAAGCAAUUUCCUUAGAACGCGCGAAGCAGCGUGCCACUGAGUUGGGACUGAAAAACUGCAGAUUCUAUCAGUGUAAUAUUGAUUACUUCGAGGGUAAUUUUGAUGUCGGCACCUCGUUGCAUGCGUGCGGCACGGCCACUGACAUUGUGCUUCAACAGUGUCGGCGCUCGCACGCAAAGUUUGCUUGUUGUCCUUGCUGCUACGGAUCGCUACAACCAAUGCCACACAUUCCAUAUCCCUUGAGUGACCGCUUUCGCGGAGUGUUGACUGAAAGAGAUUAUUUGUUUAUAGCACAUACCGCUGACCAAGCACAUGAACUGGGUACCUUAAACUGCCGCCCAGAAACUACACGACAAGGGCAGCUAUGUAUGGAUAUUGUUGAUACUGACCGCAAGCUGCAAGCGGAAGAAGUUGGUUAUGAAGUUCUAUUGACGCGCCUAAAACCAGAACAAUGUACACCUAAAAAUCGUUUAUUGGUCGGACGUAUUCCAAGUGCUAGCUGACAUGUGUGCACAUAAAAUUUGUUUGCAUGAUUUAAGGCAUGC